AAAUUGCGCUUUUCACUCUGGAAUUGGCAGAGAGGCCAUGCUGCCGCUCCGCUCAGUAGUUGGACGACGACAACUCACUCGCCAUGCGCGGCUUUUGUCCGUCGCUGGGACACCAGGCCGCCCCGAGGGCGUCUCUGCAGCUGCGAGCGUGAGCUCGACCGCUGAGCCCAAGCCAGGACUUUUCCAGCUGCCUGACCUGCACACCCCGUCAGACUUCCCGAGACUUACGCGAGACGUCAAACUGCAGUGUCAUCAGCUACGACAGGAGGUACCAUAAGACUACUACGAUAUCUAGUCUUGGUAGUAUACUAAUAUAUUGCAUUGUAGUUGGCAGCGUCGUCUCCUGGACUGGAAACGCUGCGUACUCUUGACGACAUAUCUAAUGCUAUUUGCUCAGUUAUUGACGCUGCGGAGCUCUGUCGCAAUGUACAUCCCAACGAGAACUUCCGGCGGGCUGCGAGCGAGUGCUUCACCGAGCUGUCGGACUUUAUCCAGAACUUGAAUGCUGAUGUGGAGUUAUAUCGAGCUCUGAAAACGGUGACGGAGGACAAAAUCAGUAUGAAGAGCUUUACGCCAGAGCAGAGACGGAUGGGAAUUCUACUCCGUAACGAGUUUGAGCGCGACGGUAUCCACUUGUCACGAUCAGACCGGCAGAGGGUUAUUUCGCUGCAGAACGAUAUUACGCAGCUCAGUAUGCAGUUCCAGUCGACAAUGUAUAGUGCCAGAGACUACGUGGAAGUACCAGCGAAGCUCAUUCGAGGCAUGCCACACAGCAUCACGUCUGUGUGUGAGCGCAAAUGGAUGAGUCGCGACACGCUGCGGGUCCCGACGGAUAUGCACGUCAUGAACACGAUCUUGAAGUGGGUCGGUGACCCUGAAGUCCGACGGAAAAUGUACAUUGCUGCCAAUUCGUGUGCAAAGGACAACCUUCCGAUUCUAGACAAACUGCGAGCAAAGCGGCAUGAACUGGCUCAGCUUUUGGGCUUCCCCACGUACGCCCAUCUUGCAACAAGCGACCGCAUGAUCGGAUCUCCGGAGGCGGUAGAAAGCUUCAUUGAGGACAUUGCCAAGCAGCUCAUGUCGAAGGCUAAAUUGGAGCAACAGCUUUUGCUGGAUGCAAAGCGGAAGCAUGAAGGACGAUCUGUCGACCACGUGUACAUGUGGGAUUUACCUUACUACAUGGGCAUGCUCAAGGCCCACAAGCACCGCAUUGAUUCGCGUGUUAUCUCUGCGUAUUUCCCGCUCGAGAACUGUCUGAAAGGACUUCAUCUGCUGUGCUCAGCAUUGUUCGGACUAGAACUCAAGCAAAUUCCCAUGCUCAACGCAAGUGAGCGAUGGCAUGAAGACGUGGUGAAACUUGCACUCACUCGCAAUGGCGAAACACUGGGAUACAUAUACUUCGAUCUGUAUCCACGUCCGAAUAAGUACAACCACGCAGCCCACUUCACCAUCCGCUGUGGCAAGCGUAUGAGCGAGACAACGUACCAGAAACCCAUCGUGGCGCUCGUCUGCAACUUUAACAAGCCUGCUCCAGACAGUCCUUCGUUGCUGUCACACGCUGAAGUGGAGACGCUUUUCCACGAAUUUGGUCACGCAAUGCACUCGUUGCUGUCUCGCACUGAGUUCCAGCAUCUUUCGGGAACUCGAGCGACUCUGGACUUCGUGGAGACUCCUUCGCAUUUGUUUGAGUAUUUUGCAUGGGAUUAUCGCGUGGUUAGUGAGUUCGCUCACCACUACAGGACAGGCGCACCAUUGCCUGCUGAAAUGAUGCAAGGUCUACGUGCCUCUAAGACGAUGUUCGCAGCGAUGGAUACACAAACCCAGUGUCUGUACUCCAUGCUGGAUCUUCAGCUCUUCGGACAGCAGCCAUUGCCAUGCAUCCCUCCUACGACCACACAGAUGCUACAUGAACUGCAGAACUCGAGUACACUGGUGCCUCAUGUGGAUGGAACAUACUGGCAUACGCGCUUCGGACACCUCAUCGGCUACGGUGCCGGCUACUACAGUUAUCUGUAUGCUCGUGUGUUCGCAGCAGAUAUCUGGCAUACCAACUUUUUGGGUUCCCAAGGUCCGUUGAAUCGCGAAGCAGGCGAUAAAUUGUACCAGAAGCUGAUGGGUCAUGGCGGUGCUAAAGACCCCAAUGAUCUUCUGGUCGAUAUGCUUGGUCGUGAGCCGUCUCCUGUGAAUUACCUGCACGAAUUGGGCGUGUAAGCUGUCAGAUACAUGUAGUGUGGGUGGGUAUCUCUUAGCUACACGGUGUGUUAGCAUGAAUAGGUUGCAAUUUCUCGUGCGUUAGCUCGUCAUAUAAUAGCUGAUGCGAUGUGAAGCUCUCGAACAAAGUGGGCGCACACCGGGCGUGGGGAGUAGGCAACAAGAAGCACAGGGAUAUAAAUGGCUGCCUGCAGUUUGUCCGUCUUCGUCUCUCUCUCUCGUCUAUUGCACGACACAGCAGGCCGCACACGGGGCGCCAUCUUUGCCCACAUCGUCCGGGUUCGCGGUCUUUACGUCCACAUGCUGCUUACUGGCCAUCUCCACAUGCAUGGAGCUGGUGGUAGGGCUUGAGCUUGAUGGUGCUGCAUCUAACUUGUCAGUGGGGGCAGCUGAGAUGUUGCCCACUUUCUGCUUGGUUACGUCCGGAGACUUUUGCGUCACGAGGCCACCUGCCUGACGCCACAGCAGUGCAUCCACCCAGAACGCAGCUUCAUCAUGGGAACGCGCCUUGAUAGUGUAGACGCGCUCGUUCAACUCGAUAGUGAAGAGACCAGGGCCAUCUGUUUCAACCAGAUAAAAGCAGCGAAACCCGUCAGCAGAUUGCAGUUUAAAUUUGGCGAAGAUCUAGGAAGGAUCUCACCGACGUGGUCUUCUUGGAGCAGCGUGAUGGCGCCUACUUGUGGCAGAUUCAACGCCGCCAGCAGCUUUUGUCCUUGUUUCUUUGUUGACGAAAACAGCGUCAGGAUGUAAAUGAUUUUAGCAUAAAUUCCAGCAGAUUCCACACCUUGUAGUAUGUGAGGAAGCAUCCGUUAGUUUCGAACCACCGCUUCUGCCAUUUGCCCUCGCGCGUCUUCUUGAACAAAUAGCCUGCAAUUAUGAUAUAACCACCAUUUUAGUCAUCUUUACUCGCAUUCACACGAAGCGGCUCCAGCACGCACCGCGGAUCUCUUCGGU